AAUAUAAAACUAUUACUGUGAACCUUUACUUGAUGCCUUCAAAAUACAAUCAUUCCGAUUUAAACUUCAUAGACCCAAAGGAGACCACUUAAAAAAAGGAAUUGGCGAUCAUAUUUUGGUCGUCUGGGAAUUAGGUGCUAUUUAUAUUUAUGACUCCAGGCUUUUUUUCCUAAGUAGUUUCCAGGAUCAGGACUUUUUUCGAUAGACUUUGAAUGUAGCAGAACAACAUGGCUGCGCCCUGUAGAAGGAUGGCGAGUCGGCCUCUGCUGCAGUUUCUGUCUUGUUUUAGCAGGACAGCGGUCGGGAAUGCGGGGUUCCGUCAGCUGUCCAGCACUUCUGUUUGUCGGGCGACUCUGCAGACCCAAACUGUGACGGAAACAGCUCGUUCUCCGUGGACUCUGAUGGCAGCCGUGUGUCUGCAGAGGCUUCCGGUCAUUUCAGCGAGCUGCAGCCCGAUAGAGCAGCAGUUCAGCCAGAUGAUGCAGCAGAUGGAGCUGGAGAAAAGCCUGCUGUCGGACCACGAGCUGCGGCUGCUGGAGGACGCUGAGAGGAUGAGUCGCAAGCAGGCGGACGACUACGACUCGGAUGAGGAGGACGACCGCGGAAACCAGGAGAUCGUGUUGGCUCAGGACCUGGAAGACUCCUGGGAGCAGAAGCUGAAGAGCUUCCAGACAGCGGAGAGGGUCAAAGGUCAGCAUGCUGACGCAGAUAAGGACUUGACCUCGUUGGAGCGUUGCCUGGCCAACUCCCUGUUUCUCCUGGCCGAGCAGCAGGUCGGCGGCGAGAAGCUGUUGCUGCUGCCUCAGUCUCAGUGGCAGGAAGGAGAAACGCUGCGGCAGACGGCCGAGAGAGCCCUCGCUUCCCUGCCAGCAGCUGGUCUCAAGGCGACUUUCCUCGGCAACGCCCCCUGCGGAGUGUACAAGUACAAACUGCCCAAAGCCGCUCGGACAGAGAGCACGGUCGGAACCAAGGUGUUCUUCUUUAAAGCCAUCCUGUCAGACAGCGGGCCCCCCGCGGCCCCAAACGCUUCUCUACUGUGGGCGAAGAAGAGCGAGCUGCAGCGCUACCUGAAACCGGCGUACAUGAUGAAGGUCGACCGCUUCAUCCUCGGCCUGUGACAACCAAACAUAGAGUAGGGACGCUGGCUUAAGGAACAAUUAUUUAUGAGGCCCAGAAAGUUACCCUUGUAGUUUAUCUGUCGUCUUGUAUCAUAAAGUGUUCUCUCAUCCAGUAUAUGUAUUGUAUUAUAUAAAUAAAUUGCUUUUCCACA